AUGUCCAACCACAGCUGCAACCUGCCCCUGGACACGGACUGCUUCGGUCUGACCUGUAUCUACGGCCUGGUCUUCUGUGUGGGGCUGCCCAGUAACCUGCUGUCGCUGUGGGGACUGUACCAUCUGGGCCGGUCGGGCGGGGGGAGCUGCCAGCUGGUCUACAUCCUGAACCUGCUGCUGUCGGACCUCCUGCAGCUGCUGACCCUCCCGCUGUGGAUCCUGUACCUGAGGGAGGUGCACCGCUGGCCCUACGGACGGCUGGCCUGCGAGCUGGUCGGCUACGUGUUCUACGUGAACGUUUACGCCAGUGUCAUGUUCCUGUGUCUGAUCGCCCUGGACCGCUGCCUCGCCAUCGUGCACCCUCUGAUGAGCCGCGGCGUGCGCACGGUGAGGGUGGCGGCGGUGAUGGGCGUGGCCGUGUGGAGCCUGACCUUCCUAUUCUGUCUGUGCGGCCUGCUGCCCUCGGUGUACGAGCCGCAGCAGCGCCUGUGUCUGGAGCAGUAUCCCGUCACCGCUCGCUUUGCUCGCUUCAAGAUCGCCACCGUCCUGCUCGGCUUCAUGCUGCCCUGCGCCAUCCUGGGCUACACCUCGGCCCACAUCGGCGUCACCCUCCGGCGUUCCCCGUCCAUCUCUGCCCAUGAGCGGCGGCGGAUCGUGGGCGUGCUGGUCGUCAUCACCACCAACUUUGUGGUCGUGUUCGGGCCGUACCACCUGGUCGGGGGGUACCGCUUCCUGUCCCUCCUGGUCACCAGCCGGCCCUGCGAGCUGGAGCGGUCCAUUUUCCUGGUUUACCGUCUCUGCUACGGCCUGACCAGCCUCAACACACUGCUGGACCCGCUCUUCUACUUCUUCCUUUGUGCAGACGCCAGGAUGGAGCUGCAGAGGUCUCUGUCCCGCUGCAGACGGAGCGCCAAACCCGGGUCCAGGGUCCAGCCGGUUUCAAACAACCGUCGACCGGGACCAAGUCUUAUUCCAUCAUAG